AUGAAUUUAUUUUUAUUGAGUAUUUUUGUUUAAAAAAAAAAAAAAUAAUUCAUUUAUUGAUUAUUAAAAUAACUAAAUUAAUUGUUCACUAAAUGUGAUUGUAAAAUUGAAAACUUAAAUCAUUUAUUGUUAAAUAGAAUGUUUUGUUUCUUUAUGCUGUGAUAUAGGUAACGUUUGUAAAUGAAUAUUAGUAGUAGUUAAAGUGCAUUAGAUUUUGCGAUGAUCAACAAACUACUUUGUUUAAUUUAUUUAUACUCAUCAAUCUAUUCCUUAGAUUUUCAAGUUCAAACUGAAGCAUUGCCAUCAGUUUUGGAUGAGUCACCAGAUGAAAGACACGAUGCAGAAAUUUUUCGAGCAGUGUUUGAGUCAAUGAAGCAGUGGGAAUUACAUAAAAAACGUUCUAUGCGAAAAAAAAGAGAAACAUCUCGAGUAUGCUAUGAAAAUGUUGGGUGUUUUGAAGAUACUGGACCAUUUAGUUAUUUAGAAAUGCUUCCUUCACCACCUAAAGAUGUCGGUACAAGAUUUUACGUUUAUGGAAGUCGAAAAGCUAGAUCAGUACCGAUGGAAGUUUCUGCUGACGAUGUAGCAAAUGAUGUAGCAAAUAAUGCAAUUGAUCCUCAAUUACCUACAAAAAUAAUCGUUCAUGGUUUUGGAUCUGAUUGUGACAAUGUUUGGGUAUACGAGAUGCGAUCGGCACUUAUGUCAGUACAUGACUGUAACAUUGUAUGUGUUGACUGGAGUCCUGGAAGUGCGAUACCAAAUUAUGUAAGAGCGGCAGCUAAUACAAGACUAGUAGGAAGACAGUUAGCACAAUUUGUACGAGGUCUCAAUGUAUCUCUGGAUAUGGUUCAUAUGAUUGGAUUUAGUUUAGGUGCACAUGUUGCAGGUUUUGCUGGUUCAGAGCUUUCUAAUGUCUCCAGAAUUACUGGUCUGGACCCUGCUGGACCUCUAUUUGAAACUCAAGAUCCACAAGUAAGGCUCGAUAAUAUGGACGCUCAUUUCGUUGAUGUGAUACACAGUAAUGGGGAACAAUUAAUUCUCGGUGGCUUGGGAUCAUGGCAGCCAAUGGGUGACGUUGAUUUUUAUCCAAACGGUGGAAGAAUGCAAACCGGAUGUUCCAAUCUAUUUUUGGGGGCAGUAUCUGAUUUUAUUUGGUCUAGCUCAAUUGAAGGAAGAUCACUAUGCAAUCACCGACGAGCAUAUAAAUUUUUCACUGAUUCGGUUAGUCCGAAAUGUCGCUUUCCGGCAUUUCCAUGUGAAAAAGGAUACAAUGGUUUUCUACAAGGUGAAUGUUUCCCUUGUGGUCCUGAUAGACUUUGUGGCGAUAUGGGUUAUUAUAGUGACACUUCAAAUGCUCGAGGACAAUUGUAUUUAAUAACUCGAGAAGAAGAACCGUUUUGCGCUCUUCAAUAUCAAAUAAAAGUAUACAAUAGUCAUGGAAAAAGACCUACAAAAAGUUAUGGAAAGCUACAAGUUACACUUAUUGGGUCUGGGUCUUUCAAUGAGACUUUUACUAUGACCCGAAAAGAUGACGAAGAAUUAUUAGUUGGAACGAUUCUUCAUAAAAUAGUUGUACCUCAUCCAGUCAUAGUGAACUUAAAAGCAGUCGAGAUAAAAUACACUGCAUAUAGUGGCUGGAUUUCAUCUGGUCUUGUUUCCUGGGACAUUGACAAAAUAUCCGUCCUAGAUAGUUUUGGUAAAAGCAUAUCUGUUUGCAAAAAAAGCCUUACUCUCGAAUCUGAAAAUUCGGUUUAUUUAUCAUUAUAUCCGGGUGAAUGUAACAUUCCAAUAGAAUUAGAUGAUUAUACCUCAAAUAACCAUAGUUUGUCAUCAACAACUUUAACAAAUCCCCAAGAAGAUUUAAUUGACAAAACGUUUAAUGAAAAAGUUGAUUCACAUAAUAUUGGGCCUUUUGUAAAGAAUCAAAAUUUUGAAUCAGAAAAUAAAUUUUCUGUGCAAAUGUUAUCGGAUGAAAAUAAUUUUUCACAGACAAACAUGGGUCCAUUUACAAAAAAUCAAAAUUUAAAAAUGACAUUAAUCGAUAAAACAAAUCAAUUUAGUCAAAGUGAGAAUCACAAACUGAUUCAUCAGGAUACAAAUAAAGAUAACUCUAAAUUUUGGUCAUCUGUUAUUUAUGAUAAUAGAUCAAAUUUAUUAGGAAAUCCACUAGUUGAAAUGGGAAGAGGAUUUUCUGAUGCUAGAUAUGUUAUUUCUACUUCCACCACUUCUUCUGUACCUCCAGAUUCAACACCGUCAAUUAAUUUUAUAAGUGAAAUACAUGAGCCAGUAUUAAAAGUCAAUAAACAUGAGACUGGUAGAUCAAUGCGGCUACCUGAGGUAACUGAGCCACUUUUAAGACCUCGUAUUAUCAGGCAAAAUAUUGAAAAGUCAGAAGUACCUGAAAAAAAAGUAGAAAAUUCUAAUUCAGAUGCUGAGAGUAAGAAAGAAACAAACAAAGGAUUCACUGUCCAAUUAUUACCGGAAAAGCUUGCUAACAUUUUAGAACAAGCGGAAAAAUAUGCUCGGCGUACGUUUUUGCCGCUUAUAUCACAAUAUACACCGAGUUUUAUUGAUGAACGAGGUGAAAAACUAAAAUAUUUUCCUUCAUUGACGAACAUUAGUGAAGAUAAUAGUUCAUCUGAAAAUCAUAUUAUUUCUACGACUUUACUACCAACUCAAGAUAACUAUAAGGAUUCACAAGAUAUAAAAAUUAUAGAUGCUACAAACAGAUCAAAAAAAAAUAUUAAUUUUGAAUUGUUUGAAAAAACAGUCAAUAAUAAAAUAAUAUCGUCUAAGUUUGAAUUGUCGAAAGUAUUAGGUAAUAAUACCAAUAAAAAUAGUGGGCUUAAUAUUGAUGAGACACGAGACUUGGACAAAUCUAUAGAUCAAUCAAAUAAUUGGGUGCCUAUCAGUAAAAAUUUAUUUGAUGGUCGAUCCAUAAGAACGAAUACCGAUAAUUUGCCAUUAUUAGAAAACCCUGUUAAAAUAUUGGAAUCUUAUAGUAAAUCAUCACUUGAUAAGAGUACUUCUAAUAAUAGUAUAAAUAAUUAUACUAAUAACAAUAGCAAUAGUAAUGAUAAUAAUAAUAAUAAUAAUAAUAAUAAUAAUAAUAAUAAUAAUAAUAAUAACAGUUUUAACGGCUGGAUACCGAUUAAUAAACAAUUGGACAUGAAAAUAAAUAAAAUGGAAACCAAAGAUAAAAUAGAUGUCACCUCGGUUAAUCGAAAAGUCACAUUGUCUCCAGAGUCUAAGUUUGACAGCUUCCAAACUCGUGAAUUCUAUCCGCCAUUAACUGCUUCAAACCGUACACUAAAACAUUUAUCUACUGAUACAGCUUUGAACGGAGAAAAUUUGUUUAAGGUUUCAGGAGUAGCCGAUAACAGUGAAUCUAUCAGAAUCAGUCAACAGAAAAAUCUUACACUGUCACCAGUUGUAUCACCUAUAGGUGGACGUAAAGAAAGUUUAUCAAUAAUCCCAUUUGCGCCGCUUAUUUCUGAGAUUGAAACUGAGCCAAUAUCAACUAUUAAAUCUAAUGACAAUUCAUGAGUUUACUAAUACUGAUGUGUACACGACUAUUUUUUUCUGUGAUUCUGAUACAUGAUAUCGAUUCGAUAAAUUGGUAAACAUAUUACUAUUAUUUAAGAUUAAAAACAAUCCAAUAAAAUUGCGGACAGUUUAGUGAUAACUGAAUUGUUUUCAAGUGAUUUUAGCGUAAGUUUUACUUUUAUGAAAACGAAAAAGAAUAAGAAUGAAUUUCAUACAAUAGAUUUCGAUUUUGAGCACACCAUUACAUUAGAAACUAAACAGUGAAGAAAAUCCAAAAGUAAAUGCCUCACACACUCUCUUAUAUUCAAUAGGAUACUUUUAUUAGCCACAUCGUAAAAGAAGAACUAUAAAAUUACUUUUAAGUACAAAACAAAUACGCAAGUAAAAUCGAAAUGCAAAAAAAUAACUGAACCUGAAGGUUUUAUUAUUUUUGAACUAAAAACACUUGAAAAUAUAUCUAGCUCUUUGAGAGUUCAAUAAUUUACCUAUGCGGGUAGUAUUUCACAACAUUGGAAAACUUUUGAACUUCGUUGUUCGAAUGAACUUAUCGAACUUAAAAAAUAUUAGCCAUAGAAUACCACAUGAUUAACCACAAAUCGAUCUGACUAGAAAUUCGGAAGCUAAAAAAUCUGAAAAACGGUUGACCCUACAGGUCAUCCUUGAACUUCCCACUGUUUUCAAGUUUGAAACGCUCGAAAAAUUUCCUAUUAUGACGUCUUGAGCUCUUCAAGCUCACAAAUUCAACUUCUGUAAAUAUUCAAUUUCGAAAAUCUAGAAGUUGUAUUGAUAAAAUCUUCGUCGAUAAUUUCGAGUUCCGAUAUCUCUCGAGCGAACCAAUCGAUUUUGAUGCGGUUUGCGGCGUUCGACACAGUCUUUGACCACAAAAAGAUAAAUUAUGAUUUAAAACGAUUCACCCAGAAAUUUCAAAGUUAUGUAACAAAAAAAAAUUUUUAUAAUUUUUUCGAUAACGGUAUUCCUUAAACAAAUCAAUUGAAAUUGAUGCAGUUCGGCAAUCAACGAUACUUUUCGAGAUUAAGAGCUGAUAAGAUUUUUAAAAUAAUCGGUGUAGCAGUUUGAUAGGUACUCCAAUGCAACAUUGUUACUUUCCUGCUAUUAAAGUUAAUGAUUUUCAAAAAAUCGGGAAGUUUAUUGGUUUCACCAUAGUUUGCAAAAAUCGACUUCUCAUCAGAUCUCCACAUUUUGAGGUCCUAGAAAGCUAUUCUGACUAUUCCUACGAGGAUGUCCCUUCGUAUGUAUGUAUGUGUGUGAGUGACUGAAACGCGAUUCACAGCAUUCGUUAGUUCUGUUGCCAUUAGAUUUCAUGUAAAUUUGAACCACUUCGGCCAGGUAAAUUUUUUUGAAAAAUUUUAGAAAUAAAGUAAAAAAAAUUGAUUUUUGGCGAUAAUUUUUAAACAAGUGUAUCGAUCAAUUCUGAAAACUAAUCAGAUUUUAACCUCAAAAAACAAUAUUGAUUAGCGCAAAUCGCAUCAAAAUUGUUUUAUUCGUUUAAGAGAAAUCGUUGUCUAAAAAUUUGGAAAAAAUUACUUUUUUUUAUACAACUUCAAAAUUUCAAAUCGUAUAGCAAGUGAGAAAUAAUCUUUUCGUGCUCAAAAAAC